AUGCUGCGAUUAGGCCUUCUCAUUGUUGCCAUAGCGGUGGCCGUGGUGCUGCCAACUCUAUCAUAUGCUCAUCAGCUUCAUUUCAUUAAGAAUCCAGAACUUGUCUCCUCGUCUGCAAGUGAGUACACUGCAUCGAUUUAUUCGGUGUCUGCAUUAAUUCUGAAGGCAUUUGGCUUGCCAAGCCCAGAUAAGAUUGAGUCGGACAAAAAGGCUGUAAAGUCUCCCGCUGAAAGACUGUUUACAUUUGAAUCGGCGCUUGCCGAAUUGGGGCACAAUCCACUCAAUCCAGUCUCCAGCCAGUGGCUUCUUAUUAUAACUGGCAUCAAUGACUCUGAUUUUCCGUCUGAUUACAAAUUUAUUUCCUCUUCCGCCUCUAGUUACCUGGCCCAAAAGAAGGAAAAUGCAAUGGAAACCGUUUUCAGGAUUUCCCUUCAUUCCCCAUACUCUGGCUUGGACCUUAAUCAGCUGUUAACACUGUCAGUGAAGACUCAGACUGAGUAUCAUCGAAUUCAUUUGGCAGAUGUCCUUCUUCGGUCUGCGGCAAUAGAAUCGCCAACUGGAGAGCUAAUUUUCCACGCCACAAAUUCCAAAAUUUUCCUCUCUGUGGCCACCUUUGACUUGCCUACAACCAAGACGCUUGAAUCUUGCUCCAGUGAAAGAGGGCGAUUUGGGGAGAAUUUUUUUUCAAUUCCCUCCUCCGAUUUGGAGCUGCUUCUUUCAACGGAAGCCGGGAAGCUCUUUUUGUUGGAGUUUUCUCAUCUCGUUAAAAUCCUGAGCAUUUCUUCAGAUAAAUCCAUUUCCAUGGUCAUGGCGUCUUCGUCCCUUCAAGCGCUAAGGAAAGAGUCUUCCUCUGCAUAUGCCGCUGCAAUUUACCAUUUAAAACAUACGAUUCUGCCUGUUGCUCUUGAGGCCGCUGAAGCGAAAUAUGGUCUUGGAUCCAUAUUACUGCUCGGAGAUAUUCUGCUCGGAAUGGCAUCGCUUGAGCAUCGUCUUGGAUCACUGCUUACAGAUUCGAUGUCUGCUCUCUCAAAUGAUGCGAAUACUAGUUCUCACCGACCCUUUUGUUACAAAAGUAGGGAGCUUUGCUUGUCCGAUACAAAUGGAUGCUCACUGAAUGGCGAUUGCAGAGCUGUCCCGAUUAGAACAUCGUCUGCGUCUGGUGAAAAUGAAGACGAUGAAGCCGAACUGUGCUGGCAAUGCUUGUGCCGCGAUGGCUACACCGGAGCUUCGUGCCAAUUUGAGGACAUUUCGAUUCCAUUUUGGAUUUCGUUCGCCUCGAUUGUGAUUUUUAUUGCUGCUCUGAUUGUCGUUGCUAGUACCUUUCUUGCGAUUAACUCGCUGGGAAGCUCUGGAAGCUUUCCCGGUGGCGUAUACGCACCUGCAGGCAUGGCAAAAAAAGGGCGUACUGGUCCGGGAAAUGGAUUAGAAUUCAGUGUCUCCUCUGAUGAAUGCUCUGAGAACAGUUUUCUUUUGGAUGGCUCCGAUACUUUCAAACAUGACUAA